CAUUUUCUUAGAGAUCAUUUUCUGAUAUGGAAAAUGCACUAAAUAUUGUAAACAGGCAGCGUGGGUCGCAGUCGUAGAUGUUAUUAUUUUCGUUCUGGUAAUUUUUGUGGGACUAUUUUUUUUAAAAUUAUUUACAAUUAAGAGUACAAGAACUAUACAAGUGGGAGUGAUUAUAUGAUGGGGACGUCUCUCUCAAUACUUUCGAAUUACAAUUUGUUUUCUUUAUUUUGAUUAUCAUCAAUAUUAAUGGUACGUUUUUUUUUUCAUUUUCAUUUCAUGUUCUUUAUUUGUUUAGAAUUGAACAGCCCAUAUUCUGUAUUACAUUAUCAAAAAAUAUGAAUUAAAAUGUCAGAAACAGCUCCAUUUCGUUAAUCACUGUACUAUUAAAACUAAAGAAAACUUCUAAAGUUUGCUACCGAUUUCUUGUUCUCAUCCAAGUUCGUCUGGUCGGCGGCAGAAAUAGCAGCGAAGGAAGAGUAGAAUUUUUCUCCAAAUCAACCUGGGGUACUGUUUGUGCUGAAUCUUGGACCUUGAAUGAUGCGCAUGUCGUAUGCAAGAGUUUAGGGUUCGCCGGUGCAUUAAAAGCUUUUACUGAGCUUGAAUUCGGCUAUGGUUCAAACAAUGUAUAUCUUGAGGAUGCCCGUUGCACUGGGCGGGAAACAAAUAUCCUAAACUGUCCGAAUGCACAGUUUGGAGUAAUAGACUUCUGCUUUUUCGGUAACGAUGGUGCUGGUGUUUUAUGCUCUUCUGAAGACGAAACCGUUUAUCUGGUUGAUGGAACCAGCUUCUUGGAUGGUGUAGUCAUGUACUACUACAACGGUCAACAGAGAUCUGUCUGCCGUGACUCCUGGGACAUGGCCGACGCUCACGUUUUCUGCAGAAGUCUUGAGCUGGGAUAUGCGGUAAUGAUUCCUAACUCUGACAUAUUAGGUGGCAGUGGGAAUGAAGUUACUCUUGAUUGUGUAUAUUGCUCUGGCAAUGAAUCUUCGUUCUUUGAUUGUCCUGGAGUGGGUAUUGCUUGUGAAAGUAGCUGCAAUAAUUCUCGAGAUGCCAGAGUGAUGUGCUCAGGAGGAAACGUCUGUUUAACAAUUUGGUGUAACUUUGGAAUGAAUUCGCAAGAAGGUGACUGCCACUCCCUCCUACAGAGGACUAACGACUCGGAGUCAGGUACAUGCGUUCAGUAUGAGGUAGAGGCUCCCAUGCCUACAUUAUCGGCCUUGAAAUGUCUGACAUCAACAGAGAUUGAAUUAUUUGGUCCACUCUUUGGACAAAUAUUACAGUGCCAGAAGGAACAAAAAAUUAUCUAUCUCGCGAGUCAAAGCAUCUCGUCAUUGGAACAGCAAGCCUUCUCUGGAAUGGAAAGCUUGAGAGUCUUGUUACUUGCUAACAACACGAUUGAGCACAUCCCAGAGGGAGCUUUCGAUGGGCUACAGAAUCUUGAAUUUUUGGAUUUGUCAUUCAAUCGUAUCCACUCAAUUCCUCCGAAGAUUCUUACCAAUAUGCCGAGAUUGAAAACUUUGAAGAUCGGGAACAACAACAUCAUACGUCUUCAUAGUGGAGCAUUUAGUGGACUGCCAUCACUGGAAAACCUGUAUCUUGAUCACAAUAAUAUUACAGCAAUACCAGAUGAUAUAUUCUCCGGUAGUUUAUUUGAGAUAUGGAUCAAUGACAAUAACCUUCGCGAACUGCAAUACGGAGCUAUGAGAGGAUUGUCUAGCAUUAAACGCAUAUACUUGGAGAACAACCACAUACAAAAAAUAGACAAUGGAUCAUUUGAUGGACUUCAAAUCCAACGCAUAACUCUUGAAAACAACAAUCUCGUUACCAUCAACGGAUUGCUUCAUGGAUUACCUGAACUUGUGAUGCUAAACCUCUCCAGUAAUAAUAUUAAACACAUUGGAAGCGGAGACUUCAAGGACCAGACUAGCCUGUUACUUCUCGAUUUGCGCAACAAUCCAAUAACUCACAUUGAUCCUGGUGUAUUCGAUUAUGCGAUUAGUCUGGAAUACAUUGUCCUACUGGACAUCGAUCUACAGUCCAUCCACGAGGACGUUCUUACUGGCCUAACUUCGUUGCAAGCCAUAUCUACUUCCGACAACCGGCUGUGUUGUCUUCUUGAGCGAAAAGAGAAGAACGUAACUUGCGCCAGGACAACUUCCACCAAUCCUCUCGAUACCUGUGGAAGGCUCUUUCCGAGUGUCGUGCUACGAAUCGCCGGUUGGAUCAUAGGACUUUGCUCUCUAGUCGGCAACAUUAUUGUCUUAGUUCUUCGAUUUCGUCAUGAAACGAAGCUAAGUGUUCAAACUCUCUUGAUAAUGAAUCUAGCUGUUGCAGAUUGUCUGAUGGGUAUUUACAUGAUUAUCAUUACAUCCGCAGAUUUUCAUUUCGGUAAUAGUUAUUUCUUGAAUGCACCUAUCUGGCGUGAAUCGUAUCUGUGCAAAUUUUCAAGUUUCCUCGCAUUUCUAUCAAGCGAAAGUUCUGUUUUCACUUUGGCUCUGAUGACUGUUGAUAGACUCAUAUGUAUCAAGUUUCCUUUCGGUAGAUACCGUUUCAAUGUUAAAUCAACAGCGACCGUUAUGACAGUAUUAUGGUUACUUAUAUUCACCCUCAGUGUGAUACCACUUGUAGUUCCAGCCGAUGUGCCCGGGUUCUAUGGACUGUCGGAUGUUUGUAUUGGGUUACCAUUACACGCUGAAUCUAAAGAGACGGGGCUGCUUCAGUUUAAAGACAGCACAUCAUCAAAGAACAUUAUAGCAUUUUCAGCCGAAUACAUCGUAACCAACAGAACAGUUCGUCCAUCCUGGCUCUACGCGAUAGUAACAUUUAUUGGUGUUAACAUGGUUUUAUUCAUUUUUAUUCUGGUAUGCUAUGUCGCUAUGUUUUUAGAAGUGAAGAAAUCAACCCAGAGCGUGGGAAAUGCUACAAUUCGUAAUCGAGAAAUCAAAGUGGCCAGAAAAAUGGCGCUGAUCGUAGGGACUGACUUCGCAUGUUGGAUGCCUAUCAUUGUAAUGGGUAUCCUUACACAAUCGGGUCUCGUUGUCCUACCGACAUCCCUUUAUGCUUGGAGUGUUAUAUUCAUCAUCCCAAUCAAUUCCUCCAUCAACCCCAUAUUAUACACGUUCGCUAACUACAUUGAAGGCAGGAAGAAACCAAAGAAAAACACACCCACAAAACCAAACUCUGAAGGGGGUGGCACGAGAGAAAAAAGUGCAACUAUAAGUAACACGUCCUUGACGCAAGUCGGCAGCGAUGAUCAUAAGAUGAAUGAAAAUAAGUCCAUUAAGACAGUAACAGGAAGUGAAAUGUAAGAAGCAUUUGGAGGGGGUAAAUCUGAAGUGAUUGGAAUUUACUUACAGAGGAGGAAAGAGAGAGAGAGAGGGGUUGAAAAUGUCUGUAAAAUAUGUAAAUUUCCGGAGAAAAAAAAAUCAUCGAUAUGCUAAUUAUGCAUUCAAAUUUGAUAUUGUAUGAUAUACUUUGCAACACUUCGGUUGUAAAUAGAGAUUAACAACUUGAUGUUAUUAUCGCCUUACAAAGUUCUGUAAGUUGGGGAUAUUAGAAAUCAGACAAAAUCAAUGCGAUGCAAUUUGUCGGAUUAUGGGCCCGUACCGAAAUACUUUUCCAUUAUAAAGGAAUAUAUUGAAGGCAAGAACAAAAUGAAUUUUUUUUACGCGUGUAUAUAAGCUUGACGAUUGAUAUAAUUAUGUAAUGUAGGUACCUAAAAUGGCAUAUGAAAUACAUUGCAGAAGCAAUGUUGGCACAUCUAUCGUAAACAUUGUUGUCAUUUCUUUUCUGUAAUAUCGAAUAAGAUUGUCUUUAAAAUUCUUACUGAGCUCUGAACACUCAUUUUUUCUAUUAAAUAUAAAAUAUUUCAGAAAAAAGGAAUAUUCAAAUUUGAUAUCAAUGAUAUUCAUAUCUGCAUUGCCAUCAUAUAUGAUUGUAGUUCUCUGCUGAAUUGUUGUGCUAUAUCUUUCUAGUUCAUAAAUGGUUGCUCUGUAAUGAUUCAGAAUUAUCCGUCUGGUAUGGGGAAUUCAAACUGACAUUUGUCAACCUUGCCCAUUCAUAUGUAGAGGCGGUCAGAGUCAGGCAUAGCCUUUGUCUCAGUGGAACAACUGUCGAUAUAAGAGACUGUAUAUUUCGUUAAUGUUUCAAUAACAUGUGUAACUAAAUAAAGAAAUAAUACAGCAAGGUG